UUUAAAUUCAAAAAAGUAACGGCUAACUAACGGCAUGUGUUUUCUGGUAUCGUUUUGUGACGAGAGUGAUAUGCGUGUAAAUUUCCUUAUCGUGCAAUAAGAAAUUGACAUUUUGCAAGGAUUAAAAGAAUAAUAAUUAUCGGUAUGAUGGAUGAUCAACCCGAGUGGAAACCUAUCGUUCAAACAGCACACGUGAAGCUUGAGCAAGUAUUCGACGAGCUGCAGAAGACUUGGGAAGACAUAGGAUGCACCAGAGAAACACGGGAGAUGUAUUACCAGCAAGCACUCAACCACAUAAACGAUCUGUUGAAUGAGAUGGUGGCAGAGUCACAGACAAAGAAGCAGGUAUUGCUGCAGAGUAUAAAGGAUAUGUUAAAGCAAACAACAGUGCUGUAUACAGAGCUACAUCUGGACAUGGAACCUAAGAGUUAUGAUCAGAUCCCUUUAAGUAAAGUGGAACAGAUGCUUCGAAGCGAGUUGCAAGAUUUGGAACAAAUGAAAAAGGAACGUAUGAUGAUUUUGAAAGAAUUGUUGGCAAAAGAACAUGAUAUUUGUGAGAAACUUGGUGCCAAGAAAAUAAAUAUCACUGCAGAUGUUCUGCCUACCGAGCAAGAACUUGAGAGCUUCAAAUUGUAUCUACAAAAGCAAGAGAAUGAAAAAAUACGUUUGGAGAAUGUUUUUACAGAUAUACGUCGUUCUAUAAUUAAGAUGAUGGAUGAUUUGGGUAUAUCUCCAUUUUCACCUUUUCAACAGCUAAUCUGUGAGAAUCCCGAAGAGUUUGUAUUUAGUACAAAUAAUAUGUCAAAAUUGAGAGAAUUUAGAGAUGAAUUGAAAACACAAGUAGAAGAAACAAAAUGCCGUGUCGAGAAAAUGAAAGAAGAUUUGUUAGCGCUAUGGAGAUGUCUGGAUGAACCUGAAGAUGUUUGUCAAUUGUUCCUCGACAGGUAUUCCGAUUACAGCACUGGCACUAUAAAUGCGCUCAGUGCAGAGAUCAAACGUUGUAAGGAGAGCAGAAAAGAGAAUAUUUUCAAAUUUGUUACAAAGUUAAGAUUAGAAUUGAUGAACUUGUGGGAUUUAUGCAAAUAUUGCGAAACAGAAAGGAACACAUUUGCCCCAUUUCAUUCUAAUACAUUUACAGAGGAUCUGUUAACAUUACAUGAGUUAGAAGUGGAAAGGCUACGCAAAUUUUAUGACGAUAAUAAAACCAUAUUUGAACUUUUGGAGCAGCGUGAAAACUUCAUAAUGAAGAUAAAGGAAUUGCUUCAGCGUGCAAAUAAUCCGGAUCGCUAUCACAAUCGCGGAGGUCAAUUGUUAAUGGAGGAGAAAGAGCGCAAAAUGAUACAAAAGAAAUUACCCAAAAUAGAAGCGGAAUUACAGCGAUUAAUAAAGGAAUAUGAAACUACGCACAAACAAAUGUUUACCAUUUAUGGCACAUCGUUGGAAAAUGUUCUAGCGGAAACUUGGGAAAAUAUUAAUCACGAGAAGGAGACGAUGAAGAAGGCGAGGAAAGAAGCGAAAGACAAAUCUAUCAAGAAGUCGCCCUUAAACUGUUCGAGGAGAACGCCGGGUGUAUCCCAUCUCAGCAUUCAUCGAGGUCCAACUCCGCUGUCGAAACGCAAAUUGUUCACUCCAUCUCCUAAUACGUCGUUAAAACGCAAAAAUAAAAACGAUAAAAAUAAACCCACUGUAAGCGCAUCUAAGAUUAGAAGAAGCGGAAGAAUUCCGAAGAUCAUUGUUCAGAAAGCACACAGGUCCUCUAAAGGCGGACAAAAGGGGAAAGAAUCGUUAUCGCCCGUCAACAGUAUCGUAGAUACCACAUAUAAUCAAUUUCAGGGUCAUAUGACGAACAGGGAAGAAUUGCACAGCUCGAUGCUGCCGGAACAGAUAUUGAGGAACUCCAAUAAAAUUAAUGUCAACAAAACACCGAUAAUACGAACGCCCAUGAAACCAUUGAGGAAAAAUCUUUCUGCGGCUACGACGCCUAUAGCUUGCGGUUCUGCGCGCAAAUCACCGCACAGUCCUAGAAUUAAUAAUACACCAAAAUUAGCGACAGCCCCAAGUAAUUUGCCUUUUAUCUUUUAAGCAAGAACGAGAUAGCUUGAGAACAUAUGAUAAAAAUCUUUAAAAACAUUUAUGUAGGACUAUAAGAAGUUUUAAUAUAUAACAGCGAAGUAAAUUUUCUUAUUUU